GGUUCUAUAGCUGAGGGGUACUUAGCUGAAGAAUCUUUUAAUUUCUGUUCACGAUACCUUGAAGAUAUAGAGACAAGAUUCAACCGACCUAGACGUGUUUGUGAUGAAAUAAAUGAGCCUUCUUAUGCUUCCACCAUCUUCCCUCAAAUGGGUAAACCAGUAGGGGCUUCAUCAAAUUUCACUCUAUCUCAAAUGCAAAAACAACAGGCUCAUCGCUAUGUGCUUCUAAAUUGCAAAACAGUCACACCAUUUAUUGAGGAAUUUAGACAAUUCUUAAAGAGGAGUUUAAGGUCAAGAAGGCCAUCAGCUACAGAUAUUGAAAAGAGAGUAAGUAGAGAAUUUGUUGCUUGGUUUGAAAAACGGAUUUUGAACCCAGAAGCAAUAAGGACUAUGUCAGUUGAUAUGAAGUUUCUAGCUCGAGGACCAUUGGACAAUGCAAUAAGAUUUAGUGCAUACAAUGUUAAUGGUACAAAUUUCGAACCUUAACUCGAGAAGAGGGGUUAAAAACACAAAAUAGUGGUGUGUUUUUAACAUCCAACACAUCUUGUGUUUCGAGUAGUGCUGAUAAGAACUUAAGACAAGCAGACUUGCCUUAUUAUGGGAAGUUAGAAGAUAUUAUUGAGAUUAACUAUUAUGGUCAGUUUAAGGUUGUUCUUUUUAAAUGUAAGUGGGCAGAUACAACAAGGGAUAGAGGGUAUAAAAAAGAUCCUUGGAAUUUUAAUUGUGUUAAUUUUGAUAGAUUAAUUCAUACUGGUGAUCGUGAAGACCAUGAUCCCUAUAUUGAAGCAUCUCAAGCACAAAUGGUGUAUUAUGUAGAUGAUGUGGUCAAUGAAGGAUGGAGUGUUGUUGUGCAUUUAAAACCAAGAGAUUUAUAUGAAAUGGGCGAGGAAGUCGAAGAGGCUGGAUAUGUAAAUGAGCCAUACCAAGAGCAACUACUUGAGAAAAUUGUAAAUAUUGAUGAUGAGUAUGCUCAACUGGCUACAAAUGAUAUAAAUGAUGAUAUGAUUGACACUAAUUUGUCUUCUAACUUGUAAACAUCUUCACACAUGUCCCAAUAGAAAAUAAUAUGUAUUAUACUUUAUUUAAAGCCAUGGUAAAGGUCAAACGCUUCCAAAAUCCACAAAAGUCAGCACCUCCACAACAAUGUUCUACAAAUCAUGUGAUUCAAGAUGUGGUUCAUCCUUCACCGAUGCCAAAUCCUAGAGAGUCCACACAAUUUGCUCAAGACACUUCUCAUGCUUCAUUGAACCAUUCAACACCAAUAGAUUCAUCUUCAACUCAUGAUAUCCCACAAGAAUCUCAAGUGCCUUCACAAUGUGUUAGGCGAGAGUCUAACACACAUCGGUGUGUUCAAGUUAUAGAUAUUAAAGAAGUCAUCAAGAAGAUCAAGAUCAAGGUUAAGGAAGUCAAUAACUUACCCCAAGAAGAACGCAUAAUUGUGGAAUUUGAUGCACAAGGGAUUGCAUAUGGUGAUGCUCAAGCGGUACUUGCGGGAUAUUGUGGUUGUUUGGAAAUUAAUUGCAAGCUGUUUCCUAUCAACUUUGAAAGGUGGUCCGGAAAAAUGGGCAUUCCUAAUUUUUAUUUUGAGGAAUGUUUUCAAACAUUUCUAAAGCCUCGAUUUUUAUUUAGGACUACCGAAGCACUUGCAAAACGAUAUUGUAAGAUGAGUAUUGGUAAAAAGUGGGCUGCAAAUAGGCAAAGAGUAUGGGAAGAAUUUUAUGAUACAUCUAAAACCAGAGAUGAGAUAAUUAGUAACUCUCCAAAGGGUAUAGAUCCAAUUCAAUGGGCUCACUUUGUUAAUUAUCGCCUAAAGCCAGAGACACAGGACCUUUGUAAAAGAAAUAAAGAAAGUCGAAGCAAGCAAGUUAUUCCUCAUACCGGCGGUUCUAAACCUCUAGCGAGAAAAAGAUACGAGAUGUUUAUGGAAACUGGGCAACUACCGAGUCGUGGAAAAUUAUACAUUGAAACUCACAAGAGAAAAGAUGGAUCAUUGGUAAAUGAUGCUGCAAAGACUAUAGUUGAACAAAUAGAAGAGGGUUUGACACAAAGUACUAAUGAUGAAUCAGAAGUUUCUCCUCAAGAUGUUCUCGGUAGAGUGCUUGGACCAGAGCAUUCUGGGAGAGUGCGUUGCAUGGGAAUGGGAGUAGUACCAACUGGAGCAUUUAGGAACACUAGACUGCGAAUUUCAGAUUUGAGUUAUUCUUCACCUAAUGUUGCAGUACUAUCAUCAUCUAACCCUUGGCAAGAGAAGUACAGCCACUUAGAAUCUCAAAUUCAAACCAUCUUGAGUUCAUUCCAAACCUAUGUCAUAAUGAAGGAAGGGAAGAUACCUGAAAAAUUAGCUGGCCUAUUUGAUAAACCACAUGUAAGUUUCCUUUAAAUAUACUAUUUUUCA